UGAAUGUAAAAAAGUAGUUGAAUAUCGAUCAAAUCUAAAAGAACAAGUUGAACAUGCAUUAUCAGCAGACAAACUACUACGUUUAAUGCCUCAAGAUCAUGUUCAACCAACGGAAUUUCGGCUGAAGCAAAAUGUAUUUCCAAUCGAUAUCCGACCUAAUUUUAAAGUUGAAUUAUAUUCAUCCAAAUCUUUAAUAACGAAACGAAAAUCGUUUGUUCUUCUUUGGAAACGAUACUGA